AGUUGAGUUCCGGGGACUUUUUCCUCACUGCUCAAGCAGCGAUAAAGGAGAUGGUGAGUAUUACAGUAUUUGCAGGCGUCUGAAGACAAGGCGGAAGGAUACAGAGCGAGGAGACCUGUACGUCACAAAGGCGGAGGUUUGAAUCGGCGAGGUUCCGCGCGCGCGGCCAAAGGCAGGUAACGGGCGUCAUUGGGGCUCCGGAGAGCGCGCGCGAGAGAGGCUUCUCGGCGCCAAAGUUCCCCUGACAGCGCCAGAGUCCCUUGUGAGGCUUCAGCUUUUGCAGAAUAUAAAAUGACAAAAUGCCUCUCUACGGGAAAAUUGUUGUUAUUAGAAGGAACGGGAGUGAUGGAACUCAUUUUCCAUUAACUGGGAAUUCUUGCUUGUUUGGAAGGAAAAAAGAAUGUGACAUCCGAAUUCAGCUGCCUGAAGUUUCCAAGGAACACUGUAAAAUUGAAGUCAAUGAAAACAAGGAGGUCACUUUGUUUAACUUAAGUUCUACGACUCCAACACAGCUGAAUGGAAAUAUUGUUCAAGAUCCCACAUUCUUGAAGCAUGGCGAUAUACUGACUGUUAUUGAUCGUUCUUUCAGGUUUGAAUAUCCACCUUUGUCACCUCGUCAGAAGAGAUUUUGCAGAUCUCAAGAGAAAGAAACAUUACAGGUUCUUCAUGUCCAACAGAAAGAAGAUGAUUUGCUGCACCCACAGGAUUCAGAAAACAGAAAUCCUCAGAUUUCUGACAUUAAAAAAUCACCUCAACAGUGUAAAAAUACAAAACAUGAUUUAUUAACUCAGCCGCUUGGGAAAAGAAAGAGUGUGUCUUUUGGUGUCCAACCAAGUCCUGAGUUAUUGGAUAAAUGUUUGCCUCCAAACUCAACACGUGCAAGACAUAAAAUGGCUGGAAGACGGAGUUUACCACUUCAAAACGCACCUCGAGCAGUGCUGAAAAAUGACCUAGGACUAAGACAGUCUGUAACCAAGGAUCAGCCCCAACCUAAUUUGAUGGAAAAAACUGCCUUGCUACAGGGCCAUGGGUCCCCAGCUGCUUUGUCCCUAGCCUGCAGAAUGAGUCCUGAACAAAACAGAAGUUCUUUUCUAAGGCAUAUGACAACAGAGGAAUGUUUAAUAGUCUCUACAGAUUUGUCUAGUACAGAUAGAAUAACACAUGUUCAGGCACUUGAUGCUAGUGUGAACGGAGACUGGCCUCAAGAGGAGGAAGAUAAAAUGAAACAACCAACUACAAACAAACCUAUCCAGAAUGUUGAGGCAGAGAAUAAUGAACCAAUUAAUUCCAAUGCAUCUGAAAGGGGCCUUGAAAAUGAGGUUGAAGUGCCAGCUGAAACCGUUUCAGAGUCAAACAUGUCAACUCCAUUACCUAGAAAGUCAGGCAUUAAAAAGUCACCUGAAAAGCGUCAAAAUACAGAACAUGAUUUAUUAACUCACGUGCUUGCGAAAAGAAAGAGAGUAUCUUUUGGUGGCCAACUGAGUCCUGAGUUGUUUGAUAAACGUUUGCCUCCAAACUCACCACUUAAAAGAGGUGCAACUCCUAGAAGAAUGAGUUUACCAUUUGGAAACUCACCUCGAGCAGUGCUGAAAAAAGGUUUGGGAUUAAGACAGUCUGUAACCAAGGAGCAGCACAAAACUGUUAUGAUGAAAAAUGCCUCACCCAAGGCCCGCAAGUCCCCUGCCACCUCUCCCAAGACCCCUUCCACCUCACCCUCAACUCAAAAGUCUCCUGCCACCUCGCCCAAGGCCCCUACCACCGCUCUCUCAACUCGAAGAUCACCUGCUGCCACUCCCAUAGCCCACAGGUCCCCAUCCACCUCUCCUGCAGCCCGCAGGUCUCCUUCCCCAUUGCCCCUAGUUGAGAUGUCAUGUGGCAUAACCCAAAGAAAAGGACGCUUUUCCAUUUCUCAUGUUACCUGCCCAUCAUCUGAAGAAGGGGAUUCCAUCACCACACAAAUCCAUCAGAAUAAGGACUUUGAUUAUGUAAAGACAUCUGAAGCUGUUGGUGUGGUAUCUCAAGCUGAUCCCUCAGUAAGAAGAAGCAAAAAAAUUUCUCUAAAGAGAAGCUCCAUGCAUAGAAGAAACAGCACAAUGGAUUCUGUUCACUCUAAAAGACGAAGUGGUGCUUCUGAAGCCAACUUGAUAGUUGCAAAAUCUUGGGCUGAAGUAGUGAAACAGGGUGUUCCAAAAUCACAGGCCAAGGUGACCAGAACAAAAUGUGAUGUUAAAAGAUCACUGAAGAAGAAACCUACAAAACAAUCAAAGAAAAAGAUUUCCACACUGAGAACACCAACAAGAAAAGCCAAGGGUCAGUUUACUACUACAGGUCAUGCAAAUUCUCCAGCUCCAAUUUUGAUCGGAAAAGCUCAUUCCAGCAUAAUGAAUCUAGCUGCACAAGUCCCGAAAGUAAUCUUCAACUAUCCCUUGAAGCGACAGCAUGACCUAAAUGAAAGUUUUACAGGGAUGACUGAGAUGUUUAAGACUCCACUGAAAGGAGACCAAAAGCAUUCUCUUUCUGCUCAAACAACUUUAUCAGAAGACAUCUCAGAAAUGUGCUCUCCGGGAAAAUCUGGAGAGGCAUCAACCACACCUUUCAACAUAACAAAUCAGCAAAGUCUUUGCAAUGAAAAUAUUGUAUCCCUCUUCAAUGAAAUGUCUCAAGAAGCAUGUCUUGGCCAAGAUGAUUUACAAAUUACUCCCAGAGAAGCAAAUAGUAGAUUGAAAGUUGGCGUAAGGAAGAAUAGUUUACCAGUAUCUGUAAAGGGUACACCAGCAUUGGAAAAUAAAAAUCCAGAACAAAAAUCGGAAACCAUGGUGGAGGUCUCCAAAGUCAAGAGGAACAUUAGGACACCCAAGCAAAAAACAGAGCCUGUUGAAGCUCUCUCAGCCGUCAAGAGGAUUUUGAAGACACCCAAGCCAAAAACAGAGCCUGUUGAGGCUCUCUCAGCAGUCAAGAGGAUCUUGAGGACACCCAAGCAAAAAACGCAACCUGUUGAGGCUCUCUCAGCAGUCAAGAGGAUCUUGAAGACACCCAAGCAAAAAACAGAGCCUGUUGAGGCUCUCUCAGGGGUCAAGAGGAUCUUUAGGACACCCAAGCAGAAAAUUAAGCAAACUGAGGCUCUCUCGGGGGUCAAGAGGCUCUUGAGGACACCCAAGGAAAAACCAGAACCUGUUGAGGUUCUCUCAGGGGUCAAGAGGAUCUUCAGGACACCCAAGGAAAAACCAGAACCUGUUGAGGCUCUCUCAGGGAUCAAGAGGAUCUUCAGGACACCCAAGCAAAAAACAGAACCUGUUGAGGCUCUCUCGGGGGUCAAGAGGCUCUUGAAGACACCGGAGCAAAACACAGAGCCCGUUGAAGCUUUCUCAGGGGUCAAGAGGACUCCCAAACAAAACCUAGAGCCCACUGAGGUGUUUUCAGGCAUCAAGAGUCUGUUGAAAACACCCAAGGAAAACCAGAACCUUAUAGCAGAUGAUAUUAUUUGUUCCAAGUUGAUCACCACUCCAGAACUAGCGUCACCGGGGAGCUCCAAGAAAGAACAUAUAAUCCAGCCUAUGGAAAAACAUGCUGAUGAGACACCCAAGGAAAAAGUGACACCUCUAGAAGAUUUGGAAGAAAUUCAGAGACAGUUGAGGACACCAAAGCAAAGACCUGAAGUUGUGCAAGAUCUGGUUGGCAUUAGGCAAUUAUUUAAGACACCAAAGCAGAGGUUUUUGCCAGUUGAUGACUUCUUUGGGUUACCGAAGCUUAUGGCUGAGCCUAAACAGAGUUCGUUAAGUCUUGAAAUAGAUUACACAGGUGUCAAAGAAAUUUUCAAUGCUGCUGAUGAACAUAAGGAUGAAAUACUUGAAACUGCAAAUGUGGAAGAAGAUCGUGGACUUUGUAUGCUUUCCAGAAAAAAUUCUGACUCUUUGGAAAAUGAACUUGAAAAGAAAGGAACAAAUCUGGAAGAUUCAACUGAAAUAAAAUUUCCUUUUACAACAGAACGUGAAGAACAUAAAUUUGAUUUCAAACCUAAAGACAACCUACUGAAUGAAUUAAAAACAGAGGCUAUAGAAAUUGAAUGCAUGCCAAAAAGCCACCAGGAGGAUGGAACCGAGUCUCCAAAUGCAGACAAAACCAAUUUUUUAAAAGAACAAACUGCAAAUCUUAGUUCCAAAGAUAAAGAAAUAGCUGAACCAUUGGAUUCAGGUAGAAAAACUAGGAAACGAAAGUCAGAUGAGUCCAGCACAACACCGAAACAAAAAGGGAAGAUGCAGAAGCUUACAAGGAGUGCACAAAGAGCGAAAUCAGACAGAUCUGAAAAAAGCAAUACCAAUGUUGAGCAGAGUAUUUAUGAAUCUAGCAAACUUUCAAUUGAGACAGAUUGCAACAUACAAAAUAAAGAAAUUGAACCUUCAGAGAUGGAAAGCACCAGAAACAGGAUAUGCCUCAGAAAUGCAAGAGAAAAGGCCACCCCGAUAAAAACAGAAAAUGAAUUAUUAAACACAGUUAUUAAUGAAAAUAAAAGUGGAAGUACUAAAUAUGUGGCAUCUAAACUAUAUAAAACUGAAGCUUUGGAAAAUAAUACAGAAGAAGUUGAGGAAAAUGCAAUUAAGGGAAAGGGGAAAAAAGUUCGCUUCCUACUUGAGAAAAAUAAUUCUAUGUUUCUUGAAGACAAAUGUGUUCUUGGAGAUAAUGAUGGUAUCCCUGAAGAAGAAAUGAGUGCAUUUUCUAAAAAGUUGACUUCUCCUGCAAAAGAGAAUACAUCACGAAGGAGCAAAAUUAAAGCUUCUGUUGUAUCACAACAACUUUGCUUUUCGCUUUCAGAAGGAAAGGACGCAUUUGAGACUUGCAGAGACAAAGACAAGAAAGGCAUAAAGUUGUCUUUUGAAAGCAGUACUCUUACAAAAAAAGACCCCUCAGUAAUUAGUUCUAGUUUUUCCCAUGAAAAAAAUGUGCAGGAAAUGCAAGUAGAAGAAAGUCCCAAUGAAACUCAGAAAGUCCCCUUGGAAAGCAUUUCAAGUCCUGUAGUUCACAGUCCAUUAAAAAAGCAAGAUGUUGCCAAAGGAAAUCCACCCAGGAGAGGCCGAAGCAGAGAAAACAUUUCUCAUGAAGUAUGUGCAGAACAUGACAGUGAACAAUCAGCGGACACAAAAAAACAGAAUAUUACCAAGGAAGAAAAUCAACCAAAGAGGGGUAGAAGAAGGACUGCCCCAGCAUUCAAAAUUCCGUUGCCUGUGGAGGACAUUGUUCUUGUAAAAGAGAAUCCCAAAACAGACAGCAUCAACUCUCCUGAAAGAGAAUGUUCCUUGCUACAAAUUCAUGACGAAGCUCAAAAGGAGUCUGUGGAAAGCAUGGAAACUCCAACGGAGGAGCAUCCAACAAGAAAACAAAAGGUGGAAAAAGAGAAUCCACCCAGAAGGGGCCGAAAUAAGAAUGCUAUUUGUCAUGACACCUCCACAGAACACGACAGUAGAAAGGCAACUGAAGUAAUUGACUACAGUAUGGGUGGCACCGUAAAUGAGAAUCAACAGAAAAGGACCAGAAGGAGAGGAGCUGUUCCUGUAGUCCAAGAAGACAGUCUUCCAACAGCAGACUCAAUAGCUAUAAAGAGGACCCACCAAAGAGAGGCAAGAAAAAAACCCAAUAGCUCUGAAGAGGACCCACCAAAGAGAGGCAAGAAAAAAGUAAUUGAUGAAAAAGCAUUGACAGAACAUGAGACAAAAGAGGCGGCUGUUACAAAAGAUGAAAAUACUGUUGCCAAAAAUGCUCCAUCUACAAAAAAGGGAAGAGGAAGGAAGAUUGCCCCUGUGUCACUUUUUUCUCCCCUCGAAAAUAAUAGCUUAAUUUUGUCUCCAUCAAUCAAAAGUAAAGCGGCAAUAGAACAAGGAAUUGGCGUUUUGGAAACUGCAGCUACUGUAGAUAGUGGGACUCUAUCACGUAGAGGCAGAAGAAGAAAAGUUGAUAACAUAAAUACAACCAGCUCAGCUCCUGUAUUGCUUGAUAAAGACAAAGAGGAAAAAAUACGUAAAGUUUUGCCAGAAGAAAAUGUAUCCAAAAGGGGAAGAAGAAAACAAUUAGUUCUCUGUGAAACAUUAACAGUAAAUAAUUCACAACUAGGAAAUAGUGAAAACACUGGAUCAGGUAAAGAUAAACCUGUGCAUUUAGAAACAGGUUUUGAAAAAAAGAACCAAUCAAAGAGGAAGAGGGAGGAACGGAAUGUUCUUUCUUCUGAUGAACUACUUCCUUCUCUCAAAGUAAGCAUCACUCUGCCAUCAUCAGAGAAAGAUCAAACAGCCAAUGAAAAUGUUGGGAAAAAUAAACGAACAAAAAGUUGUAGAAAUAAGAAUGAAAUAGUGGAAUUUACCACAUCUGUCAGAAGAAACAACAAAGCUACUCAAGAGGUUUUUCAGGAAAAGGAUUUGAAAAAGAAAAAAAUAGUAAAUGAGAAGCAGUACAGAAGAGGCAGAAAAAAAGCUGAUGCAUUUGAAUCAGCUGUCUGUGUUUCUCUAAAAGAAAAAGAUGAUCAACAGGAAGUUCUGGACAAUACUGCUCCCAGUAAAAAAGUGACAUGUAGGAGGGGCCAAACAUUUCAUAAAGGAAAUACCUUGCAGAAAGAUACCGAUCAAAGGAACAAUUCUCAGAAUGAUCAAAAUAACAGUUCUGAAUUACCAGCUCAGGUGGCAAAAAAGAAUUCAUCCAGAAUCGGCAGAAGAAAAGAAGUUAAGAAUGAUUCAGAAACUAGCACAAAUAUUUUGGACGUUUCUGAAGGUUUCGUUAUGGAAAGUAAAUCAACAAGAUCUAAGAAAGGAAAGGCCAAAAAUACAACAUUGAAAAAAAGAAGGGAAACUGAAGAUAUCACAGCUGUGACUGAUCCUUUAGAUAAAGAAGGCAGAACAAGAGGAAGCAGAACAAGAAAAGGAAUAUUGUAAAUAUUAAUACCCUACCUCCUACCCCUUCCUUUCAUUAAGCAAAUGGAUAUGUCUUAAGAUUUUAAAAUUCAGGGAACUUAAAGAAAUGCUUUGUUUGGGCAAUGUUCUUCAGCUUAUUUGUUCUUAAUACACAUUCUUGGUUCUUGUUUUAUCCAUCUCAGAUGCUUUGUAGAAAAUGAAUAUUGGAAUUGUUGGCAUUAGGUUCUCAUUCCCUCCCUCGCUCCUCCAUUAAGCUAAUGAUAUGCCUCUGGAUUUUAAAAUAUAAGGAAUGCUUUGCAGUUAAAUAAAUACUUUUGAAAACUUUAGCUUAUUUAUCAUUAUACUAAAGUUUUGUAUUUGUAGAAUUUUGCAACAGCUCUGAUCUGUUUUUACUGAAAAUAUUUUGGUAUUGUUACUGUAUCUGUACAUUUUGAUAUUAAAGCAUAUUUUAAUCUUGCA